GUUAUUAACAUAGAAAUGGACAAGUACCAUAACAUGGGAGUGAACUGGGAGCAAAAGACUAGUCUUGUAAAUGAGCUAACACAAGGCAGGGAGCUAGCUAGGCAACUGCAGAUCCAUCUCAAUGCUACGCCAACUUUGAAUCCUUCUGCGAGCUCUCAAACAGCGUUGGCUCGCGAGGUUCUGAUCCAAAAGAUCAUAUCUUCCUUAGAGAAGGCGCUUUCGAUGCUCAGUUCUAGCAGCUCCUCACCCCAAAUUGCAGUAGCAGUAGAGGAACUACACCAGCAACAACCUACAUUUACAGUAGCUGCUGCCACAGGUGUUGUUACAAUCCGAAUGGCUAACUCCCCACCUUCGCUAAAUGGGAGUCCUCGGAGUGAGGACUCUGAUGACCACAAAGAUCCCUCUAAGAAAAGGAAAGUUCCAGCACGGUGGACCAAACAAGUAAGAGUAACAUCAGGUAUGGGGCUUGAAGGGCCUCUUGAUGAUGGCUUUAGCUGGAGGAAGUAUGGCCAGAAGGACAUUCUUGGAGCCAAAUAUCCGAGAGGGUAUUAUAGAUGCACUCAUCGAAAUGUUCAAGGUUGCUUGGCCACAAAACAAGUGCAACGCUCCGAUGAGGACCCAAUGAUCCUCGAAAUUACUUACCGAGGAAGGCACACUUGUACUCAAGCAGCCUCCACCACCGUAACUAGUCCUCCUCCAAAACCAAUGUCACCAUUGCCUGAGCAAAAACCAGAACCACCAAAGAUCAAUCACCAGCCUCAACAUAAUAUGCUCUUAAGCCACCCCGAAGGCCUCAGGGUCAUAACCGAAGGCCUAGACACUAGUCAUGAUCGUCGUGACGAAUUAGUAUUCUCCUCGUUUAACAACAAUUAUGUGGGGAAUUUUUCUCCUCCAUUAACUAUGCCUACAGCUUCAACUUCUGGGACAAACUAUUUCUCUGUACUGUCUCAGCAAGACUUUGGUGGCAGCCAAAAUAUGCAGAUCAGCGCUGCGGCCGAGCCUCAUGAUAUAAUCUCAGCUGCUACUUCAGCUACCAACUCUCCAACAGUUGGUAUAGAUUUUCCAUUUGCUCAAGCUGAUCAUCAGAUAUUAUACCCCAACUUCACUUUUGAUGAUCCUGGAUUUUUUCCCUAAUCUCCUACACAUAGCUUCCCAAAGUAACAUAGAAACUGAAGCACAUUAGCUUGUACAAGCAUUUGAGGUAGUUAAGGUCGCAUUUUGGAAGUACUAUAUGUUUUGCUGUUAAAUGCAGAAACUUAAAGAAGCAGCAAAUUUAGGACUUCCAAAUGUGCUUAAUUAAGGUAAAACACUUUCUAAUUCCCCUGUCUUAGGCUUUAGCUUGUAGUUGCGGAUAUGUUGUGCCAAAGAGUACUACAAUGUUGUGUAAUUUUUUCCAAUUGAAUAGCAUUUAUCUUAAGAGAAAUUUUAAAUAC